ACUUUUGUCACAAACAUCUCCAACCCUGCCACAUCAUAAAUAUAUAUUAGUUCUAGAGGAACCAAGAUAUCCAAAGUAAGCAUCAUGGGUGACAACAAGAACAUGAAUCUCCCACCGGGUUUUCGAUUCUCUCCGACCGACGAAGAGCUCGUUGUCCAUUUCCUUCAACGUAAAGCUUCGCGCUUGCCGUGCCAUCCCGACAUCAUUCCUGAUCUUGGUCUAUAUCCAUAUGAUCCUUGGGACUUAGAUGGAAAAGCUAUGGUGGAAGGAAAUAAAUGGUAUUAUUUCAGCAGAAGAUCUUCGAAUCGAGUAACCGCAAACGGGUACUGGAAAUCGUGUGGUGGAGAUGAGGAAAUUAUGAGUUCAAAUGGUAGCAAAAGAAUUGGUGUGAAGAAAUAUUAUGUGUUUCAUGUUGGUGAAGCUCCUGAAGGUAUGAAAACUGAUUGGAUAAUGCAGGAAUUUAGGGUUCAUGAUGGUGCUAAUUCGUCUAGAUCAAGAAGAAGAGACAACUCUAAGAAUGAUUGGGUAAUUUGUCGAGUGUGUGAGCAGAACUACGAUAACAACGAUGAUGGAAAUGAUGGCAUGGAGCUUUCGUGUUUAGAUGAAGUAUUUUUGUCAUUAGAUGAUUAUGAUGAUAUUAGCUUUCCGAAUUAGGAUUAAACGUUACGUGCCGAUAUUAAUCUUUGUUAUACUUGAUGUUAAAUGUUUUUAUAGUACGUAAUAUCAAGAAGUUACACUAUUGUAGUGACAAAGUCGUUUAAAAAACAAGGGGCAGAGAGUGAAAACUAAAUGGAAAUUCAUUCUUUGAGUA